AUGGCCAGUGGUGUGUCUAUGGCACCUGCUCCAGCUGGAGUUCCUGCACUGGCCCUGGCACCGGCACCUACGCUGGCCGCCAGGCCCUCUGUAGCCCCUUCUCCAGGACCGGGUACACCCGGCUCUAUCACCUCGAGAGAAUGGGUAAUCCCACCACGUCCCAAGCCUGGCCGUAAGCCAGCUACGGACACCCCGCCAACCAAACGCAAAGCCCAGAACCGAGCAGCUCAACGAGCAUUUCGUGAGCGCCGGGCCGCCCGGGUUAGUGAACUGGAAGAGCAAAUGAAGGAAAUCGAAGAUAAUCACGAUAUCCAAGUCGCUUCACUUCAACAGCAAAUCGGAAACCUCUCGGGCGAGAUUGAUCAGUGCCGCGAGGAGAUGGGCUGGUGGCGCGACCGAUGCCACGCCUUGGAGAAGGAAGUAUCGAUUGAGCGCAGCGCAAAGGAAGCCCUUGUCAAGGAAUUCCGUUCAUCUCUUGCUGGCCCUAAUGUUAGCAAGCCUGCGCCCAUUCCCGACUCUGUUCCCUUGCCACCUCGCAAGACCAGAAGCUCCCGAAUGGAGGAUGUUCAGCCUACUAGUACCGAACGUAACAAGGAAGAUGGAGAGAUGCAUGUACCUUUGGGCUGCAACAACUGCUCUAACUCCCACUGCCAGUGCAUCGAAGAUGCAUUCGGCAUGCCAAUUGAUACCCAUGAGUCAUCUCGUUCUAGACACGCACCUCAUGGCGUGGGCAGCCCCGAACGAGAUCAUAGGGAUCCCCACAUCAAGCCCGAUCCGGAAGAGAUGGAAAUCGACUUCACCGCUCAGUUCUCUAGCGUUCCAACCCAGUCUCACGAGAACGAUGUCUCUUCGCCCCCCGUUGAUCCCUGCGGAUUCUGCCAGGACGGCACCCCCUGUAUCUGCGCCGAGAUGGCCGCACAGGAGCAGCAACGUGUACGCAACAUCAACACAUUCGAGACUAACCGUCUCGCCCCAAUCCAAUCCAUCUCUCAAUUCACCCCGCCCCCAUCCGAAGGAGACGUCCGCUCAGAAGUGACCCUCCCGCCCAUCAGCCAAGCGACCAACCCCUGUGCCAAUGGGCCAGGCACCUGCGCCCAGUGUCAAGCCGACCCCCGAAGCACUCUUUUUUGCAAGACGUUGGCAGCCUCCCGGUCAGCGAGCGGAACUCCAUCGGGAGGAGGCUGCUGCGGAGGCGGAGGAAAGGACGGCGGAUGUUGCAUGUCAAGAAAUGCCCCCGCCACCGCGUCCGCCACGCGUAACAACGCCUCCAUGUCUUCGAAACCUCCCGCACCCAAGCCCGCUCCGCCCUCCGAGCUAACGCUCAGCUGUGCCGAUGCCUUCACCACCCUGUCCCGCCACCCGAACUUCAAUCGCGCCAGCGAUGAGAUCUCAACCUGGCUGCCAAAGCUCCACACCCUCCCCGAUCCUCGCGAGAUCGCUCCCCCAGACAGCCGCGGUGCAUUGGAAGUCGAGGCUGCAAGUGUCAUGGGUGUGCUGCGAUACUUCGACCGUCGCUUUGCUGAAAAAUAA